AUGAAAUUAAUUAUAAUAUUUUUUUUACUGUUUUUUAGUUUUUCAGUAAAUUCUAAUGGGUUUACCUCCUAUCCUCCCUCUAGACAGUUAGUAUGUAAUAGAAAUCCAAUUAACAAUAUAUGGGUGGAUGAAAUAGGAAGUGGGAUUAUAGAUCCCCAUUGUAAAGCUGCAUAUGGGCAUGUUUUUGAAAAAUUUAAUAACUCUAAAGAUGGAGCUAAUGCUGCAAGAUUACAAUUUAUUAAAAGUGAUGAAAUGAAAGUUUUUAUACCAUAUUAUAAAAAAGGUUUUGAAGAAUUAAAAAAAAAAGUACCUGAACAUUUAUGCUGUGCUGCAAAUAUGGACAAAUACUCUGCUCUUGGAAAUAAAAAAGGUUUUACCAUUAGAUAUAAUUGGCCAGCUACAGAGUUUCAAUAUGACUUGAAAACCAAUACAACAAUUAUUCCUUUUGAAUUUUGUGCUACAAAAUUACCUGAAAAAAAUGUUUCUUCUUAUUGGGAAUUUUAUUUAUCCAAAGAUUAUGAUAAAGAAAUAGAUAAAAUGAAAUGGGAAGACAUGGAAUUAGUAGCCAAGCAUUAUAACAUUAAACCAUCAGUCAAUACAAAUCCGUUUUGUACUUCAUCAAAUGUUUAUAAAAUGAAUAUAAAAGUUCCAUCAAGAAAAGAGAGAUCAACUGUAUUAUUGGUUAGAUGGCAAUUAGAAACACCAGACGGUGAAUGUAUUAUUAAUUGUAGUGAUAUUAAAUUUAAAAAUCAAAUUAGAAUAAAAAAAACCUAA